AUGUUCAGUUCGUUAUUCAGGAGGAAAAACAAACACACGGACUUCGAAAGCACGCUGAAUGGCCUAUCGAGCGACGUUAUUGAACAUCAAGCCAACUUGGCUGAUAUCAGAAUACGCGAGCGACGUGCAACGCUAUGGAUAACUACCUGCCUCAUGCUCUUCUGGGCCACAUAUGUAGCUCUCUGGUAUUUUGGAAUCGUCGACUGGCUAAUUUCAGUGGAUGGAAGUGGUUUGAGUGGUUUAUACAAAUUAAUAGCGUGGAGCGGUGUAGUAGUUGGUCCAAUUAUGAUGCUGUUCGCUAGACGCAUCGCUAAAAGCUGGUAUACGCGUAUUGGAUCACGGGAGGAAAUCAGACUGCGCGACUUGCACACUUCACUCGUCAAAACACUCGAAGAGGUAAAGGUUAAGGCACCCUACAACGAGGCUAGAAGUCUCCUCGAAAGGUAUGGCCCUACGGUGGGCAUGACACCUCACGACGUUGCUCCUCUCACCCCCCAGAGCACACCAAUGAAAGCAAAACACGCAACGACACCAAUACCCAGGACAAAAGAGCUGCCACAGACGCCAACUGCAGGCAGUGUAGGUACUUUAAACACUGUAAACACUGCAGGUCCAGCCACCCCAGCCACCCCACGCUCACCGCAAACACCAAUAAGAACCCAGCAAACGCAGCUAAACCCACAAACACCCACAUCAGCUGACAACUUGCAUACGCAAACGUCACCAGCACGACAAAGAAGUUGGUACGAUAGACUAGCAGAUGCAAUCCUAGGCGAUGAUCCUAGCAAUUUGAGUGGAGACGUGAGUCAGAAGUACGCGCUGAUUUGCGAAAAGUGCGCAAAGCAUAACGGCUUAGUGCCCAGAGAGCAAUAUAUGGAGUUGCGAUGGGAGUGCAGAUUCUGCCAGCAUAUGAAUCUACCCCCACGGAGAAAAGCGGUGGCUAGAACGGCAUUACAGGGUGAUGGUGGUGGUAGUGGCGGUAGUGGUAGUAGUACACAUAAUACACACAAGCCAAGUCCGCUAAGCCAGGUGAAUCAGGAGGAGAAAGAGAAAGCUGAGCAGGAGAAGGACGAAAAAAAGGAAGAAAAGACAGAGCAGCUUCCAGCGCAGUCAAAUCCAAAACCAAUGCCAAAAUCAAAGUCAUAA